AUGGCACCUUGAAAGUUCAUCAACAAGCUCUCAUUCAUUCAUUCUUUCUUUCACUUUCUUUUUCAAUCAAUUUUUCUUCAAAUGAAACUCCAUGCAUUGAUAACCCAGUUUUUUCCCGGAAAUCCCACCAGGAAUCUCAAAUGGAAACACAAAUCAAGAAGGAAAAGCUGCGCCAAUCACUUCUGGUUCGUCUUGUUUUUCUCCAUCGUUAUUUUCUCCAUAUUACUCUGUUUUAAUCACCUCUUCUUCUUCGACAACACCAAAGGGUUCGUUCCCUUCCUGGGAAAAUCAGCUUAUUUUCCCGGAAAGUUGAAGAACAGCAGCACAGAUUCAUGCUCCGGUCGAUACAUUUAUGUCCAUGAUCUUCCAAAGAGAUUCAAUGAAGAAGUGAUCAAAGAUUGUCAGUUGAUUACAAGGCCCACUGAUAAAUACAGCAUGUGUAAAUCUUUGGAGAAUUUCGGUUUAGGCCCUCGGAUCAAAGGUUUAAACGAUUCGGAAUCAUGGAAGAACAGUUGGUUUUCAACGAAUCAGUUCAUGCUGGAGGUUAUUUUCCAUAAUCGGAUGAAGAAAUACGGCUGUUUAACCAACGAUUCGAUGAUCGCUUCCGCCGUUUUCGUGCCGUAUUAUGCAGGUUUGGAUCUCCGUCGAUACCUAUGGGGAUUCGGUGUAUCGACGAGAGAUUCAUCCGGCGUCGACUUGGUUGACUGGCUUGCAAGAAAGCCUGAAUGGAAAAGGAAUUUGGGUAAGGAUCAUUUUUUUAUCUCGGGUCGAAUCGCUCGAGAUUUUCGACGGAGAUCAAAUCGAAAAUCCGAUUGGGGCAGCAACUUCAGGCUCUUGCCAGGGUCCGAAAACAUGAUGAUGCUAACGAUCGAAUCAGGUUCAUCGAAAAACGACGUUGCGGUACCGUAUCCGUCGUAUUUUCACCAAUCCAACGAUCUCCAAGUUCACCAAUGGCAAGAAUUCCUCCGGAAACAAAACAGGCCCUACUUAUUCUCAUUCGCCGGCGCACGACGAUCAAAACAAAAGGGAUCGAUCCGAGCCGAGGUCAUCAAACAAUGCCAGACCUCGAAAAACCUAUGCAACUUCCUUGACUGCGGAUCAUCCCCCGAAAAAUGCGACGAACCAACUAACCUAAUGAACCUGUUUCAAACCUCGAUCUUCUGCCUACAACCUCCGGGGGAUUCGUUGACGAGAAGAUCAACGUUCGACUCGAUCCUAUCGGGUUGCAUUCCGGUUUUCUUCCAUCCGGGGAGUGCUUACACACAAUAUAUAUGGCAUCUACCAAAGGAUCACAACAAAUACUCGGUGUUCAUUUCAGCAAAGGAUUUGAGAGUUGGGAGAGUGAGAAUCAACCAAACAUUGCUUCAAAUUUCAAAGAAUGAACAAAUGGCAAUGAGAGAAGAAGUCAUAAAAUUGAUUCCAAGGAUUGUUUAUGGUGACCCAAGGGGUGGAUUGGACGCCAUUGAUGAUGCAUUUGAUUUAGCAAUCAAGGGAGUUCUCAAAAGAACACAUAUUAACAAAGAAUUGAUUAGAGUUUAGUGAUUCAUUUGUAAA